AUGUUUUGUGCAGUGGCAUCAAAUGUUGAGCUUUUGCGUUUGAAACUCUCAUGUUCUUUUAUUUUAGUGAGAAUUCUGAAGAGAAGCUGUGAUGAGGCUUCAUCUGAUGUCGCUCCGUGCAAGUACCCUUCCAGUUCACCUUCACCCCUGAAAACCCAGCCAUCCCUAUACCAGAGUUCCUUCCCCUUCUACAGGCUGCCCUCUGAGGUGGGAUUCUUCUCGCUAGAUGAAAAGCGUUGUUACCAUGCCGACGGUCGACGCUUACGCUAUUACCGUCCUCCUGAGGAAGGGAAAAAGGAUGGUGACUCUCUUGGGUGGGAGCUGAUGGAAGGAUUUGAAGAUCACUACGUUCGGAUGAAUGAAGAUGAGAAGGAGGGUCUCCUCCACAUACUCACGUGGAUAAAGGAGAACAAAGGAAUUAUUAAAGGAAGUGGCCAUGGCGAGAGCAAGAGACCUGUGGAUCGAGACUUUGUCACCUGGCGGGGCCAUCUCACUAAGAUGCUCUGUACACCGUAUGAGACACAAGAAGGCUGGCUCCUGGCUGUCACACUCUUCCGAGGUACUCUGUACAUCAGCGAGAGGGAGACGGAAGCUGCGCAUAAAAAGAGGAAGGGGAGAACCGUGGAUCAGGAGAAGCUCAUGUACUCUGGUUACAAGUUUGAGAGCUUCUUAUGUGCUUACACACCCAACAGCGAUCCCUGCCCUUCUGAGGUUGUGAACACCAACGAGGCAUUCUGCAGUGUUCUUUUGGGUCGUCUGGCCUCCCAUUCUCUGCUGCUGUCAGGAGAGGUAGACUGCACUGAUGCUUCUGCUGCCAACCCAUCACCUCCUUCUUGUUAUGUGGAGCUGAAGACAAGCGCACAAAUAAGGAACCCACACCAACAGCGCAGCUUUAACAGAUACAAGCUCCUGAAAUGGUGGUGUCAGUCCUUUCUUCUUGGGAUUCCCCUAAUCGUUGCUGGUUUCCGAAAUCCGCAGGGAAGAAUUGUAUCCUUACAGAAUUAUCGAACGGCAGACAUCCCUCAUCUAGUGCGGGGUGACAAUCAGAGCUGGGACCCUGCGGUGUGCAUGAACUUCUGCAAUGCCUUCUUGUCUCAUAUUAAGAAAGUGGCCACCAGGGAUGACCCAAGGGUUGUCUAUGUGUUCUCUUGGGAGCCAGGUUCAGACAUUACAUUCACUAUUGAAUCGAAUCCAUCUGAUCCUGUUCUACCAGACUGGUAUGUGCAGGCACUUUCACAAUAA